CUCAGUUAUUUAUUAUAUCAUUUUCUUUAGCGGGAAGAAAGUAUUUCUCCAAACCUGUCUCACCUGUUCGUAUGGAUCGUUCGAUCCCUCCCAACUUGCUACGGGUCAUGUGUUCCUUCCUUGAUCAUUCUUCCUUGAUCUGCAGAAUUUACUGACGGCUAUUUAUGUGUGCCUCGCACUUUGUUUUGUCGCUAAGUUUUUAAGAGGGGCCUUUCCAAAACAGACCUCUGGCUGGAGUGGUGAAAAUGUAUCGCGGAGCAAAGAGCGCGGAUUGAAAGUGGUUGGUGGCUGAGAGAAAAGAACAGAUAAAACAGCCGUUCGCCUUCCGAUUUAGUCUUACAAAUGGACCACAUUGGAGAUUUCAGUGUCAAAAAUGAAGAUGAACCAAAUGCAGACUUGCAGGAACCACCUCUUAGAUCGGUGAGUCCCCAAGCAGAUGCUGGUUGCCAUGGCGAAGCUGGACCCCAGAUAGUCCAGGACCACGAGGAGGACAUUUAUGACAACCUUGCCAGCGCCCGCUAUAAAGUCUGCCUGCAGAAAGGUGACACCCAAGAGCUGGAAAAGAUUAAAAAGGAGCUUCCUUCAAAUGACGUCUUAGAUGCGGGCAUCUUCCAGGACCACGAGGAGGACAUUUAUGACAACCUUGCCAGCGCCCGCUAUAAAGUCUGCCUGCAGAAAGGUGACACCCAAGAGCUGGAAAAGAUUAAAAAGGAGCUUCCUUCAAAUGACGUCUUAGAUGCGGGCAUCUAUGAGAAGACAGAGCCCAAGAACAAAUGGUCAGAGUCUUCUGCCAAACCCAUUCUGAUGCCUCCUAAAAAGGUUCCACCUCCAGUCAAAGUGAAGCCACUGUUAACAAACCAGAUGAAUAGAGCUGGUGGGGAGCAGAUGCCACAAGAACUCAUUAAAGCCGCCAUAGACCUGACCAGUGAUGCAGAAUCAGUGACCUUCGACUCACUCACUCUGCCCAUGGAGCCGCUGAAACACCUGACGACGGAGCGUCCCAGAGCCCAGGGGCGAAGACCCCCCUCUCACCCCAAGGCUACAGCCGCUCCGGAUGCCAAGAAGUCCACACCGCCGUUAGUAGCACCUAAGGUCACCCUUCCGGCCAUCCACGUGUGCGAGCCUGCACCAGUCCAAAGACAUCAGCCAACAUCUGAAAGGCCAAUUCCGCCACUGCCUAGAUCACCAAUGAAAGCACAGCGCGGGGCAGGAAAGGAGGAGAGGAUGGAUUCCAUUGCGUGGCUGAAAGUGGAACUGAGGCACCUCCAGCUGUCCUUAAAUCUGCUGAAGAAUCAGCAUUUGAACGACAUGAUUGAGUUAAAAGGAGAGAUUGCAGAGGAGCGGAUCAAAUGGACGGCAUUACAGGUGGAGGUUGAAAACCUGAGAGGAAUGAUCUCACUGUGAGACCACGAGCUCUGAACAGUCCCUACACCCCCAUCGCCUGGCUCCCAUCCACAGGCCAGGGCAUCUGAGAAUACAACGUCCAACACUGCCCUGAUGUUGGAUUGGCCUCCAGUGUGGAACCUUUGAGAACAUAAAUGUGAUUCCUGAGCCCAGCGGGAUUUGCAGGUUUUGUUUGUUGGGCACCUUGUGGAAGCCAAGAAUCCUCAGCAUUCUCUCUCACAGUCAGAGACAUGAAGCCCGACACAGAUCUGAAAAUAAGCCUAGAGUUUUCAUGGUGACUUUCAAGAACCCAGCCUGCCUUAUUGUCAAUAAAGAACCUUCUGAAG